AUGAUGAAAGUGUUCGCAACAUGCUGUACGGUCCUCGAAGCUGAUCUGGUCGAGAGGGUGAAGAGCUUCGCGAAGCGUUUUCCUAACAGUAGGACAGCCCAGGCUUGCAAGGCUGUGGAGGGAUGCACCCCCGACGCUAUCGCAGAAGCCAUCCGCUCGACAUGUCAGCAGGCACGACGUGAGCUUCUACAAGAAGCAUUGACUGGAUGGAGUGACGCGUCCAGAGAGUGGUUUAUGCAGCAGAUGGAGGAAGCCAAGAAGGAGAAGGUCGAGACAUACACCGCCACAGCAGGCAACGAGAUGACUUCGUUCAUCUCCAUGACUCUCCUGGGUCUCUCUUCGGUGUAUGUCAACCAUGAAGACUCUGAGAAGAUGAAGAAGAAAUUCGAAGAGAUCGGACUGAUCGUAGACUCAGUGCAAGAGAGUAAAUCGAUCAUGUGGAAGGCUCCGUAUAGACCCGAGAUAGCGAGUGCUGAUGAGAUCCCGGUGACUGUUUCCUUCCUCUGCAAUGCACUAGCGGAGAAGCUCUGGCAGGGAAGAGAGGACUUCCAGAUCGAUGCCACCGCCUCAGGCUCCAUGUCGAAGCUGACUGCUUCGAGCUUGAUUGCUGCGCCUUCUAAAGACAAGGGCAGCUCCUUCAUCAUGCGUCGAGCAUCCUCCGUGGAGUCAAGGAAGAUGCAUAGCUUGGACCCGUUCCAUGACUUGGUAUUUGAGUCCUCCUCCAUGUCGAUGCCUUCAACUUUGAUGUCAAGCCUGUUUGCGAUCUCCAACAAGACUCUCUCCGCUCUUGCGAUGGACGUGUUGCCGCCGUUGCACAGCCCCUCCAUCUCCUUCCUCGUGAAGCGACCAGUAGCCGCCGUCGACUUGAUGAUGAUCUUGAUCUCCUUGUCGUCUCUGCGGCCUGCCUUCUUCUUCUGUGUCCUUGCUGCCUUCUUCAACUUGUUUCUGGACACGAAGCUAUCAGCUGUCAGCUCGACUGCGAGCCGGCGCCUCCCUGAUCUUCGGGUCCUCGCUGAAUAG